AUGGACUCUGCCUACGACCACAUUCAAGAGGAGAGCUACCCCCAAGACGAGCGCAAGCCGCAGACGGGCGAGAGCAGUUCCAGUGCGCAGCCCAACAACUUCAAUACCGAGGUCCAGGAAGCCUACAAGGCCAUAUCGAGCAGUCCGUGGGCAGCACGCUUAGGCGGGUUCUGGCAGACGGCGAAAAAGCAGGGCGAGCAGUACUACGACACAGCAAGCAAGCAAUAUGCUUCCACCAGCAAGGAAGCAACUGCCGGCGUUUCCACCCUCAUCAGCCAUGCACGCAACCUCUCCGUACAGGCCAACGACGAGCCCGCCUCGGCAUCAGAGGAUGCAGCGUCAGAGCAGCGGGCAGACAAGGAAGACAUGACCCCUCACCCGGACCGCCCCGAGUCGCUCACCGCCGACAUCGUCAAGGAAGCUGAGGGCAUCCUCUCACUGUUCCGCUCCAACGCCGCCAAGCGCCUCAAGGACCUCCAGAAGGCAGAAGACGCUGCCGACGAGGCGCUGCUCAAGUUCGGCUCCAACAUCCGCAACUUCUUGAGCGACGCCGUCAGCAUCGCACCCCCAGCAUCCGGCUCGCAGGCCGAAAAGGACGGCGCAGUCCUGUUCGAGUCGAAAGACAGCAGUGGCCGGAAGGUUGUGCAUGCGACACGAUUCGAUGCACAGCUGCACGUCAUUCACUCCACUCUCGAUUCCUUCCUCAAAGACCCGGCAUCGCCGCAGUGGGAGGCGUGGAAGAAGGACUUCGACGCUGAGAAGAAGACCGACGCAAUCGCAAAGGAUCUGGACAAGCACGAAGAACUCAGGAAUGCCAUGGAGAAGGUUGUCCCUGAGAGAGUCGACUACGCCACAUUCUGGUGCCGAUACUACUUCCUCCGCCAUAUCAUCGAGAGCGAGGAGCAGCGGAGGAGGGAAAUGCUGAAGGCCUCCACGCCCGCCGACGAAGAAGAAGUAGACUGGUCCUCAGACUCGGAUGAAGACGACUCCGCCGCACCCACCACCAAAUCACCCACGGCCCCCGCCUCGACCACGCCCAAGUCUCCAUCCACGCCCGACCUCGCCAAGAGCCAGACCACCAUCAAGCCCGACGCCGCGGCGGAACCAGACACCCUCAAGCCCGCACAGCCCCGCCGCUCGCACGACGAGAAGAGCGUGGCCGACAGCGACGCCUCGUACGACCUCGUCAGCGGCGCCACGAGCCGUGCGCCCAGCCGCGCGCCGGGGAGUCCGCGGACCAAGGCCGACGAGGUGGACAAGAAGCAGGCUGUUGCCGAGGAGAGCGAGGAUGACGACUGGGAGUGA